AUGGAGAGACUGAAUGAAGGCUCCGCGAUUUCACCAGAUGACACAGAAAACAGUGGCAUUACAGAUGCUGUUCGAGAGGAAGACAGAGUACAGCUCCUUGCUGGCCACGCAACUGAAAUAGCUUCUGUAUCAAGACAGUCUGAUGGUAUUUACAUUCAAUACUCAUGACAGAAUUUUCACUGCUAAUCACUCGUCUCCCGCGCACUUGUCUCCUGCGUAGCUAGCCUACGUGGCAGGCGUUAAAAGGGGAAGGGGAAGGAGGAAUUUGGGCGCGCGAGGGAGAAAGGAAGGAAACGCGUGCAAGGAGACCAUUGUUUUCUCCAUUUUUCACGCUCAAAUUUUGAGCGUGAAAAUAGUGAUUGGUCAGAAUUAAUUAAAUGUCAAUCUUCGACUUAAUACCUUUUUCCGAUCGGUUGAAAACAAUAUCACGCCAUUUGAGUAACUAAACAUAUGUUGUUAGUGAAGCGCGAUGAGAUUUCUCCACGAGAAUUCAUCGUUAGAAGGCAUCGAUUUCAGCUUGAAAGCAGAACAGAAAAAAAGCAGUUAAAGAACCGUAUGAAGGUUUUGAAAAGUAUCAUCUCCCAACGGCUUGUCGGUUUUACUCACUAGAAGAAAGAAAGGAAAAAUCAUGGUGCCUGUGUGCGUGUUAUCUGCUAAUUGACCCGCGAUAUCAACGGCAAGGUAGUUGAAGACGAACCCUCAGCGAUUUUUGGUUGAGGACUUCUUCAUGCUGGUUAUAAAACCGCCAUGAACAUACUUUAAUAAUGAAUUGCUGCAUUCUUGCAGAUCUUGGAAGUUCAGCUCCCUGCUACCAGCGUUCUUUUGUGUGCUCCGCUGGAUCCAAUUCGUUCUGUUAGAAAUUCAAAGAGUGACGGCAAAGUGUUUUAAUUUUUCUCAGACAAACAUUGCAUUGAAAGUUGCCAAGAGCCGCUACAUUUCUUAUCAAAUAGUUUUCCAGCCCGAUUCCUUCAGCAACAACUUGAAUUGGAUUUAUGCUGGAUUGGAUGUCACUCGGCACGCGUCGUUGCAACUUUCAAGGAAGAUUCCUUCAAUGGACGACCGCAUUUGGACUUUUUUAUAGUACCUUCACUUUAGAUUUGUUGUAUAGGAAAACAAAAGAAAAACAGUGCGAGAAAUACGACUAGAAUACGUGCAUCGUGGCCAGACUUAUUUGACAGCUAGUCAUUCACAGUUGCGUUAUUUUUGUUAUUUUUUUAAUUAGUAGGCGGGAUGGCGAAAACAAUGGCUUGCUUGCAGGCGUUCCCCUCCUCCCUCCUCCCUCGCGCGCGGUCUCGCGCCCUUACUCCCUUCCCCUUCCCUUUCGAACGCCUGCCACGCAGGCUAUUGAGUAGCUAGAAAAUAGCAGUUGCGCUGGAGACUAUGUUAUAACAUAUUGCCCCCUUAAAUUUUUUUACUUCAAAAUUGCGGAAAGAAAAUGUUAAUGAUCAAAAGCUGAUACGGAAAAAAGCCUAUUUUCUGGUCCGAAAUUCCACUGAGCUACAGUAGAUAUACCGAUGCAAUUUUGAAUGUUGUGACGUCCUCGGUUGCCGUCGUCAAUGCUAUCCAUUCAUGGUUUUCACGCAAGCGUCAACCAGAAAAAACUGAACAAAAAAAACGUCAUAAUAACUCAAUUCAUUGAUAAUAUUAUCCUUUUCUGAUUGGCUCGAAUCCCCUGAGAAAUUCUUCAUAACCGACUAGCGUUGACCAAAUUUGGAAGACGUUUGUAAUAUCCGGUAUUAUACUACUGCAUGAGAAAUUUCUGCAACUUGGUUGGCUCAGAGCAGUGUAUUUCUGCUUAAUUUGAAAUACCUACAGUGAAAAUUACACAUAUUUUGCGGGUAGUAGUAUAAACAAAUAAUAGCAUGUUUUGUACGUGAUAUCUGGCAUAAAUACCACUCGCGAUAUUUUAAAUUAAAAUUGCCUCAAAUUAAUUACGUAUAAUAAUUUUGAAAUAUCACUAGUGGUAUUUGUGCCAAAUGUCGCUACAAUUCAUGCUAUUACCUAUACAAAUAACGUCAAUAGUGCAGGCUAUCGCCGGCAAAACGAAAGGCAACCGAGAAGUACUGGGGACGAAGUUGCGUUUGUUCCGGUAGAGCAGGAGAAAAUGGCGGAAGAUUUUACACGUUUUGCAAAGUAGAUAUUGCCAAACUUUUGCCUUAAAAACGUGGCAAGAACAGCAAAAACACUGUUUAACGCGUGACAAAUGAAGAAUAUGAAGAGUAAUCUCCUAUACUUAAUAUUCCUUUACAUCCUGAAUUUGCGGAGGAGCGAACAACUAAUGACGGGAACUUAACAUCGUUCGAGGUAUAUAAGCUAGGGUGUGAAUUGUUUCGAAUGUAUACUGAAAUAGUUAUUAGAUUCGGCUUCCGUAUGAUCUGAAGAAUUAUGAGGAUCGAUGUUAGAGGGUGUUAUUCACCUCGACGGAUAACGCCCUUUUCGAUCUUCUCAGCCGUAUCCAAUAUUCGCUAGAUAUGCGAUGUUAACAUUUUCCCUUUCAUAAGCGGCUAGUUUCAAGCAAUUUUUGUCGAUAGCAUUGUCAUAAGCUGCCACCGGUUACUUGAUGUUGUUCCUUCCUUGUUUUAGGGGAAUUUUCUGUUGACCUGCCAAGAAGCCACAAUGAGGGACAAAAGUGUUGACACACUUCCGUAAAAUGGCCCCUUUUUGCAUAGUGGAUAUACUUAUCCCCUUCCCCUGUCUACUCCAACCCCUUCCCCCCAAAAUCAAUGUUGAAUUUUAGACCCUCAAGUCUUUUUUUUACUUCAGACAACAUUGAUUCGGGGGGUCGGGGGAUUUACGGCGUUUAAAAGGAAUGAAAUAAUAAAUGAAUGAAAUGUUUGUUAAAAGCACCCGUUUUAAACAACUGUGUCAACUACUUUUGUCCCUGAUUGUCUGAAAUAUGUAUCUGUGUUUUCCGGCUAGAUUUUUGACGCUGCUGAAUUUUUGUGCGAUGACGUUACUCUAUGGGCCAAAUUGUUUUUUUUAGAAACAACAAUUUGUAAAGUUUCGUCCUGAUUUGUAGUAUACGUAGAGUAAAAUGUACGAAGCGUAUGUCAUCACUUAAUCUUGUACUUCCGCGCGCGUUCCUGAUACCCUGUGGGGUCGAGAGGAAAUCAUUUGUGUUAUGAUCAAUGCCGUUGCAGCGGAUGUAAUGUUUUCACAAGUAUUAUCAAUAGUGGAAAAAGGAUGGAAACACUAAGGUGCAAUGGAAAUUGUUCUGGUAAAUGAUUAACUUAAGCGAAUGAAGUACUGCAGAGUAACUGAGGGGACAUGCAUUAUUUUUGACAUUGACUUGUGCCAUUAGUGAAAGGACGUGAACAAUAUACAGGUUAUGAACCUCAUAAAUGAUGGGCCAGCCGUUUGUGCUAUGUCCUAUAUAUAGAUGUGUGUUUUUUUUGGAGACCUUUUCAAACCUAAGUGAUCCAAACCUUUAGCGUAGGUAGGCGUCGAACAGGUUAGACCAGGUUUUGGAAUGUACUUUUGUAAUGAUUUUAGAUGACCGCCUGCCAUUUAUUCAGUGGCAUAAUUUUUUUAUUGAUGUUGGAUGGACAACUAUUUCAUUUCCCAGCUCGUAAAUCACAGAAUACCAAAGAAAUUGUUUUCAAGAUAGACACACCAGUUUGCGUCAUCGCCAAAACAGCAAUUACUUUUGCCCAGAAGUUCACUUGAUGACAAGGAAAGCGGGAUAACAUGUGAUCAAUGACGGCCGUGCGCUGGAAAAUUUUCCUUUUUUAUGCGCUAAUUCCUCACGAAAGGCAAAAGAAGAUUCCGCUAUGUAGAAAGUACUUCGCAAUACGUAUUCUUGGCAAGAAAAAUUCCAGCGAUGUGGUGCAAAUAAGGAGUUUCAACGGUUAACCACGAGAAUACAUAUGGACAUUAAGAGGUCAUAACAGACUCAUUUUACUUUUCGUUUUCCGAAACGUGGUUAACCGUUGUAACACGAAGGAAGCAGUGUUUUCCUCAGUUUGAGCUGUCGUUUUCUUUGAGAGUCAAAUACCAGUUCACGUUUCAAAGCUCUCUUUUCAUUUUCUCUGCCGACAAUAGACAAAAACACAGGGUUUCGCUUGAGAAAUACAGUCCAAAUACACAGACAUAUGCGCUCAUGUCACGCUAUUUGCGUUGCGUUAUCAUGUCACUCAUGGUGUCACGAGGUGGGAUUGAAAGUAAUUGUUUUCGUGGACACUUGCAAUGUUUGCUACGCUGUCCUUAGUUUUUUAUUGAAUUGGCCAUGAAUUUACCUUCACUUUUCCGUAGUUUCGAUAUUGAACGCAGUGACGGCCGCUCCUCACUAACGUUCCAUAUUUCCGUGACUGGCCAGUGACUAUCUCCACUACUUGUCAAUCCUUACCCUACCCGUGAUUGUUUGCGCCUUAACAAUCGGAUAAAGUGAAGAACGAGAAAUAUUCACUUUAUUAAAAAUAUUUUCAGUACGCAUACCCUUGAAAUUCAUCAAAAGUUGUACAUGUGUGCGAGUUUCAGCGUCAGUUUUUAGCAUGUAAACCAUAUCGACGUUUAUUCUGGAUAUCGCAGCCCUUUUAUUACGUCAUCACGUAAUUCGAAUUGGCCCUAUAAUUCGGUCGUGAAUAAGUCAAUGUCACCCCCACCACCAAUAACAUAAUUAUGUUAUUGAUUCCUUUAAUUUCAGUUAAAAUCAGUGUCAUAGACGGCUCAACUUGUGUGCAGUAGCACAAUUUUGCAUUCAGACAAUGAGGGACAAAAGUGUUGACACACUUCCGUAAAAUGGCCCCUUUUUGCAUAGUGGAUAUACUUAUCCCCUUCCCCUGUCUACUCCAACCCCUUCCCCCCAAAAUCAAUGUUGAAUUUUGGACCCUCAAGUCUUUUUUUUACUUCAGACAACAUUGAUUCGGGGGGUCGGGGGAUUUACGGCGUUUAAAAGGAAUGAAAUAAUAAAUGAAUUAAAUGUUUGUUAAAAGCACCCGUUUUAAACAAGUGUGUCAACUACUUUUGUCCCUGAUUGCAGCUUGAAACACCUGAAUCCAUUCUAACACCCGGAGACGUACCUCCCGAGAGAGCACCGAAGCCUUGCAGGCUGACGACGCAGGACAGUGCUUAUGACAGCGGCGGAAGCCAAGAGAGCAUUUCCUUAGAAAAUGACAAUGCCUUUGACGGAGAAAGGUACAUGGACUGUAUAAAGGGCAUAAACAUAGUAAAUUAGCAGUAACCUCUGCGGUCUAUUGUUGACUGCAUUUUUAGGAAGAUUUACAGUUGUACGUACCUGUGAGAAUCCAUAGUACAUUAUUUUUCUAAAGAAUUUUGCAUGCGAACUGAACAAUCAAUGUAACCCCCGUGAGAGCACACUAUUAACUAAUUCAUUUCGCAUACCUUUCAUGGUGAGAGUCAUAAACGUGAUUUAACAUAUUUUCCUUAUGAAGGCAACAUGAUGUGCGGAACCGGCUACAUGUUGUCAAAUCGCCACCCAUUGCCUGCACCCAGUCCCGUAAGUGCAUUCAUCUGGAUGCCAAAGGAUAAAAUUCUAGCCGACCUCGCAUGACCAAAGCUUGUCCUGAAAUCUUUGUGCUCGUCAAUGGCAGUAAUAUUAUAUUUAGUGUGUCGUCAAUUUGAUUAACUUACAAAUGCAUUAUUGCUCAGUAAUGUCUACACUAUAUCAGUCAGUAGUCAAAUGCUUUUGCUACCUCUUCUAACAGGAAGAAAUUUUCUUUUGAAAUGAAAAUAUUUAUAGCGUUAUAUUAAAGGAGCAUGCAGAAAGCUGGGAAAUUGACAUGAAGAGACUAAAAGUGUCUGAUUUCGUGCUUGGAGAGGGAGAAUUUGGAGUUGUUAAAAGAGGUACCUAUCGCGGACUUGAUGGAAGGACCUGUAAUGUCGCAGUAAAGCAGUUAAAAGGUAUCACUUGAAUCAAGAACGUUUUUUAAUACUCGGAAAAUAAAAUUUUGUUCGCCAAAUUAAUCAGUUGCACUAUUUUUUUUUUUUUUUUUUGCCAUUCUCCGCAAUGAAACCUGCAACUGAAACGGACGCUAUGUACUUCACUAUUUUCUUUCUUCUACUGACUUUAAAUUUUAUUUCCGAUUAUUCAAUGAUAAAUAGAAUGAUAUGUGUGGAGAUUAGAACUCAGAACAAACUCUGAGUUCCAGAAUUUUAACAGAUAAAAUUAUAUUAUCACGGCAGAUAUUAAAAACUCACCUGAUUAAUCACUGGGCUUUUCUAUACAGAUGGCACAAGUAUCACUGACAAAAAUGAUCUGUUAGGGGAAAUACAGAUGUUGAAACAAGCUGGAUGGCAUCCAAACAUCGUUGCUUUAAUAGGAGCAUGUACUCAAGAGGGUAUGUUUUACCCUAGUCAGUAUGUCCUUCCGCAUUAUCUGUUAACGUUGAUUUAACAGGGCUCAAUUUUCAUUACUUUAUUAUCAAUUUAUUAUUUUUCUAGAGGAGAUUCUCGUUGUGACUGAACUUAUCCCUAACGGAAGCCUGGAAAAAUUCCUGAAAUCAAAGCGGAUGGUAGGCGUUCCUGGCGAAGCGAGUACUUAUGAAAAUGUGCAUUUUGGGCUAAACGACCGGGAGUUACUUGUUAUUGCAUAUCAAAUUGCUUUGGGAAUGCAACACUUAGAGGAGAAAAAGGUAUGAACUGACAGAAGUUCUAUUACCCUUCUUAAGCGCAUUGUAUCAGUAACUGAUAAAUUCAGAAAACCGUUACAGCCAGAAAUAGUCUGUGUUGCAGGGAAAAGCUAACCAGGCGUGAGAAAACUAAACCUCAACCUUGAGGGAUUCAAGUCGCUGGAAAAAUCGAACAUACGACAGAAUGAAACUAUUUCAAGCCAAGGAAAUUCAGUCUUUGAUAAAAUUUAAUCUUGGGCAAGCUCUCUUCCAUUUUCAAAGGAUGGUACUCUUUCCGCUUCACUGAGCCUCUCCGUUUGCUUGCCACAUUGGUGAAUGAAAAUUAAGGGGCUGCCCGCAUUCUAUAAGCCAUAUUGUACGCCCGUUAUAUAUGUUGAUAAAAAGACCAUAGUGUAUACUUGUAUUAUAACUGACAUAAAAGAAUGAAAAUUAAACCCUUUCAAAAGCAGAGGAGGGGAAGGGAGGUCGAGUUCCUCUCAUGGUUGAACCAUCACUAUUUGGAUAUCAAUUAAGAAUCUAAGAGAUGACCGUCACAGGUCGCCCGGCAGUUUUAUAUCCCAUAAUAUUAACUUCUUUUGGUGGAGCGUCUAUGAAAAAAAAAAUAAACCAAAACAAAACAAACAGACGAUUGAAGGUCUGCGACCAAACUUGCCACUCUUUGGUCAGGAAAUUGACCACCCAAGAAAAUACCAUAACAUACCAUAAUGCUCUUUGUUUGUCACCCCAAAAUUUUGCAUAAGCAUAGUUUUCAGCUUCUCUUGGGGCCAUUUCAACUCCCAAGAGAAAUUGUAGACAAUGCUUAUGCAAAAUUUUGGGGUGACAAACAAAGAGCAUUAUGGUACGUCAUGGUAUUUUCUGUAGUGGUCAGUUGUUUGUUGUUGCAAUUGCACCUCUAUCAGGACUAAGAUAGCCUCCUAUGCAGAUCGUUCUCAAGCGUUCUCACUUAUUUCGCAGUUAUCUUUUGUAUGUUUGAGUCUCUCCCUACAGGUAUUUACAUUUUAUACUUUUGCUAUUAUCAUUAGAGGGUCGAUUCUAUUCUUUUCUAGUGUAUUCAUCGAGACCUUUCAGCUAGAAAUGUCUUCAUUGGCGAAAACCUCGUGGCAAAAGUUGGUGACUUUGGAUUGGCAAGGGAUAUCUCGUUCGAUGGCAUUUACACCAAAACAUCUCCUGUAAGUACAUGUUAGUUCGGGAAUCGCUCUUUUUCUAGUAUCCUUAGUUUAACCGUACAAUCCAAGUACGCUAGCACAAAGUUCUUUACUUCUACCUUUUCCUUUUCCUAACCUACUGUCUGUAGCUUCUAAAAAGAGAUUUUUUUCUCUUCUAUAGGGUAAAGUACCUUGGAGAUGGAUGGCGUUAGAAUCGUUAAAAGAUCGUGUAUAUACUUCCAAAAGUGACGUGUAGGUGUCCUAACUGCUUGUGUCCAAUCGUUAAGGUCAUCUCGAUUUUUUUUCAAGUAAUUCCAUACCAUUUACUUAUGUAUGUAAAUUGAAUUAUUCUUUGACUUAUAUUGAUAUCUUUCUGUUUCUUUCGUUUCCUUAAAGAUGGUCGUAUGGUAUUGUGUUGUGGGAGAUUGCCACUUAUGGUGGGUAUUAAAAGUAGACAAACUUCUAAGUUGUCUUCUAAUUAAGAUAUAUAAAACUUACCAUUUUAUAUAUAAUAAAUACGUUCCGUAGAGUAUUAGUAACACCAAAAACGAAUACAAACAUAUCACGAUAUUUUGUUCUAGGGAAUAGGCUAUUUAUAUUCUUGAAGAUCGGUUUGAGAAGUAUUUUUUGCAAACGCUGUGCAUAGUGGAAAAUUCAUGUUUUCCAGAAAUAAAAAAUGCGAGCGAAAUUGUAAGCCUAAAUAUUACCGAAUUUCUGUCUUGAGUAAAGUUGCCUGAAGAACAUGAUCGAAAACAAAAUUUAAACCAAGAUUAUGAGCUAGAUAGAACACAAUGAAGUUGACAAUAGGCCUGACUGUGUUUUACAGUUACACGUGGAGACGAGGCUGGGUUGACCUAAUGAUGAUAAAUCAGUUAGUUGUUAUGCUAACUAGUAUUUUUUAAAUAUAAUAAUCAUGAGAAAAGGAGACUGUUUGUAUUAAAACAAGGCCAACGUCAGUCUCACAUUCACUAAAAGGCUAAGGGCACCAAGCUCAUAACUGUAAAAUAGUCUAUUGUCCAUGAAGUACUUCCCCACAGAGGAACUGGCCAGUAUUUGGUCAAGGAAAUCAAAAUAACACACUCCAAAAACUCUUUAAAAACCAUUACUUCCAACCAAGAUGAAUUAUCAAGUCCGUUGUUGUCAAUUAAUUCUUUGAAACUCCUUGACUAACUCCUUGACUUUGCGGAAGAUGUUUCUUUCUUGGCCUUGCAAAUCGAUUUUUCACGAAAACCGGAAAGCCAUUAUAAGCCCUAUACUAAGCUGUGACGAAAUGUGUUGCUCGAGAAAGGACAUUUAAUCAUCUUGACUUUUUUUAGUUUAUUUUAUUUCUGACCAAUCAUUUAAAACGUCGAAAACUUAUUUUAAACAGGUCAAACAUUCUCAUUAUAAGUAAACGUUUUUGUUGUUGUUUGCUUUUCGUUUGCUUGUUUGCUUGUUUGUGUUUUCUUUAGUUCGUCUAAGUCGAUAAUAAAUGUGUUAUUGGACGGUUUAGUGUGUAGCAUCGUGGGAUAUUUUAAAGCUAAGCUUAAGACCUUUGUUUUUCGACAAGGAUAUUUUUAGACUUUCAGUUUUCUUCUUUUUUUGAUUUUUAGGACUUUUAGACUUUUGAUUUUUCCGAUUCUUAGGAUUUUUUUCUUACAUUUUUUAGUGUAUAUAUUAUAAUAUAUUUGACACUGUAAAGCGCAUUUGGGCGUUAGGAAAAUGCGCUAUAGAAAUAAAUUAUUUAUUAUUAUUAUAUUGCUACCCGUUUCUUGUAAUAUGACCUAAAAUUUGGUGGAUGUCUGUAGGUGAGGUGCCGUACCCUAACAUAAUAAUCCUAGCGGAUCUAAUCAGUUGGCUGUCCAUGGGGAACCGUAUGUCACGUCCGGAACAUAGCUCAGACGAACUGUAAGUUUGCAAUUGUCCUCUAUACAAAUGAAUAAAUAAAUAUUCAAAAAUUCAUUAAUCAAUCAAUAUUUUAAUCAAUAUUUAUCCAGGGGCAUCCAAUUUAGUAGAGCUAGUUUAAAUGCAGCCCUGACACAACACAAAAGUAAAGACAUUAAAAUAUUAAAACCAGAAAAUUAAUUAAGUUACAAACUUAAGCCAAAAUGUACCGCAGGCGUUAAUGUUUAAAAUGGCGCUUUAGCUUGAUUUUAAAUUCGCUGAGCGUCUCUACUUGUCUAAUGAUCCCCCGGAGCUCUGGCGCGUCACGUUCUAUUAACUGCGAUUUACUGUUUCAAUGUAAAUCUUUAUAGAUUUAGGGCCUGUUUACAUGGAGGUUGGGGGACACAAGGUAGGUGAGGUAACAUGUGACGGGUCACCCCACCUAUCAUGUUAACGUGAUCAAAUUAAAAUGACCUGUAACCUGGUAUCUCCGUUACGUUGUAGUUACCUUGUUACUCUUAAAGUCGGUACAAUACAUGUCCCCAUACAUGACGAACGUACCGCUAUAACAGUGUUGAGCGUUGCACUCAAGACUUAUCAGUUGUGAAUACACAAGGCAUUAAGACACGCUUUUCCAGGAAUGUCUUUGAAGUUUAAAUAACAUCAUCCUAGGAAUUUGGAGGGAAAUGAAUUCUGGCAGUCGUGAAAGCAAUACGCCAUUUGCUCGAUGACGUCUUUUACUACUAAGACCAGACUUCAUUUCGUUCUUUCUUUCAAAUUUAAAAUUGAUAAUCCCAGCGAGGUUUAAAUAACAAAAGCCCUAGUUUACACAAGAAAGCAAAACCCUGAAUUAUUCUGGUAGCAGUAGUAAAAUGACGUCAUCGUGAAUAUGGUCUAUUAAUGGAAUUGCGUAAGAAGCUUGAAAGAAAAUUCAGGACUUCAACGGGAUUUGAACCUGUGACCUCGCGCUCUAACCAACUAAGCUAUGUUGGGAGCUAUUAUGUUGGGAGCUGGUCAGUUAUGUGUUCAUGUUCCCGUGAAAGAGAUGAAUGUGGAAAAAUAAUGUAUAUGAAAUAAAUCAUAUAUGAGAACUGUUCCAGGCUCCGAGAUAGUCGGGUCUACUGAAUUGAGAAGGGGCGAACAUAAAAAAAAAAGAAAAGAAACGAAGAAAGAAAUCAAAAACGGGAGGAAGCUGGGGAGAUGAAUGACGGCGGAGCCUGUAAUCUCUGCCAAUUUUUCGCAUGCCUUACACUUUCGUGUCAGUUUUCCCCCAUUAUCUCGAAGCCUGGAACAGGCUACUUAACAGUCGGAUAGCGUUUCCUUCUUCAAGACGAGUUGUAAUUAGGUAUUACAGAUUAAUUAUUCAAAUAUUUUCUGCUGUUAUUUGUAGGUAUGAAAUGAUGCGUUUAUGUUGGUUAGAAAACCCUUUGA